UGUCGUUAACUCUCUGCUGUCAGAGCCUGAAAGGAGCAGAAACCUUCACACAGAAGCAGCGCAGGAUGGGUAAAAUCUACCAAGUCGUGGUUCAUGGUUUAAAGGAUGAGAAGAUGGUGAUCGACCUGUGCAACACAGAGGAGCAGAUGCAGAGCAUGACAGUGAAACAACUGAAGGAGAAGAUAGCAGAAAGGCUUCCCGGGAACGCAGGAGACACUGAGAAACUGCGACUGAUCUUCGCAGACAAGAUGCUAGACGAUGACUGCUCACCAUUGUCUGAAUAUGGGAUCCAGCAGCAGUCACACAUCCAUAUGGUGGUAACGGUUCCUGGAGGACUGGAAGCUUGAUGUGGACAGAGAGAAACCAGCAUCAUCUUCAUCUCCUGGUGCUCUUCCUCCUCCUCAUACUGCUGCUGCUUUUAUGGCACAUGCUUAUUUGCAGAUGUCUAGAUUUUACUGUACAGACUAUUUUAUUGUAAAAAAUGUAUGUUGCUUGUCCAAACAGUGGCAGCUGAGCGGCCUUCCUCCACCUCCUCAUCCUCAGCCAGCAGACUCCUCCACACCAUAUUAUUUGGUCUUUGUUGUCCUUUAAUAAACAUACUGUUAUCUAGUUCAGUUUCUCUUUGUUCAUGUUACCUCCACAAAUUAACAAGUUAAUGACAAUUGUUGAACAAAAGUUGGAACAUUCCU